AUGGACUAAAAUAAAUACUCCCAAAUUUCAGCAUAAGCAAUCUAAAACGUUUAACAUUUAAUAUUAGACUAAUCAGAAUGGAAUAUCUUAAAAUAAGGAAACUAUUUGAAAAUAUUUUGCUAAAAGUAUAAGAACACAGAAGCUUAUUCAUUCAAAAUAACAGGAGAAAUUUCUGCUGAUUUCAUGCUGGCUUAGAAAUUCUAUUUUGAAAAUAAUGAAGAUAUGGCCAAAAACAGAGAUAAUUGCAUUGGAAUAGAUCUAAUUGAAGCUGUAGACAAAGAUAAUGUAGUCUGCUUAAUCAAAAUGAGUUUUUCUACAAAUAAUAUGACUUAAAGGGAGUUUUUAGUUGUAAGAAAUAGAAGUUUUUUAUCAAAUAAUGAAAUUUUGAUUGUUAAUGGAAUACUAAAUGAGCAUUCAAAAGCUCCUAUAAAUAAUAAUUCCUAAAGAGAAUAAAUGGCAAUAAAUGCUUAAAUUAUCAAAAAAAUUAGCUUGGAUAGUUGUAAUUUAGAGAUUUAUUUCUUAAGAGACUUUUCUAAAGCUGUACCAAUGGAAUAGCUUCCAUUAAUAGCUGAAGCAUUUUUAUAAAUUUUUGAAAAAGAUGUAGAAAAAAUCCUUUCUUAAAAAUGA